CCUGGUUGUUUGAUUGGCACAGUGUUCUCAGCAGUCUGCUGCGGGACCAGGACAGACAGCUGAAAGGGGGGGGGAUGAUCUGAAUGUCCGACCGGGACAAUCGGUCGAUCGCCGUGAACUCACGCGCACGACUCAUAGAUCUUCGCCGUGUACUGAUGAGCAGCCUGUAGGACUGGACUGCACCAACUGUCACAGAUUUUUUUAGUGCCUCAGCAGUGCACUGGUGGUUUACCAGUGGUUUGCCUUCACAUACUUGUGGCAGUUGCAGAAAAGAAGAAAGUAGGAGGACCUGGCUAUGGUCACAACUAUGGACGAUCCCUGUCAGAAUGGGGUACAGGAGGAGCGGAUGCCCUCAGGACAACCUGCAGCAGAGAGGCCCACAGCUGUGCAGUCCUCUCAGGGAGCAGAGAUGUCUGGAGCCAUGCAGCAGGUGGAGGAUAAUGUGAGCGAGGGUCCCACUUCUGCUGGUGUGAAAAACAUCGACUUGCUUUUUCUCCGCGGCAUCAUGGAAAGUCCAAUUGUACGCUCCCAUCCUCAGGCUCAGGAGCAGCAGGAGGAUGUGAAGCUGGAAGCGGUGCAGGACAACAACAUGGAGCUGGUGACAGAGAUCCUGGGCGACAUCAGUAACCUCAAGGUGAAAGAUGACAGCACGACUGAACUGUCCAGGAUCCUCAAGGAGCCACAUUUCCAGUCCCUUUUGGAGGCACAUGACAUGGUGGCAUCAAAAUGCUAUGAAGUACCUCCGCCACCUGAGAUGGGCAACGAUGCAGCGGUAAAUAGCGCGCUAAUGCAGGCCGAUGCCGUCCGCAUGAUUGGCAUACGAAAGAAGGCCGGUGAACCGUUGGGUGUUACUUUUCGUGUGGAGAAAGAUGACCUGGUCAUCGCCAGGAUCCUCCAUGGCGGUAUGAUUGACAGACAGGGCCUGCUCCACGUGGGUGACAUCAUUAAAGAGGUGAAUGGCAAGGAUGUCGGCAACAACCCCACAGAGCUGCAGGAGAUGCUGAAAAACUGCAGCGGAGGGAUCACGCUGAAGAUCCUCCCCAGCUACAGGGAUGCUCCUGCACCUCCACAGGUGCAUGUGCGGCCCUAUUUUGACUACGAUCCGGCCAGUGACAACCUGAUCCCGUGUCGAGAGGCAGGAAUGGCCUUUAAGAGAGGUGACAUCCUUCAAAUUGUCAACAGAGAGGAUCCCAACUGGUGGCAGGCGUGUCAUGUAGUGGGUGGUGCCACAGGACUAAUACCGAGUCAGUUCUUGGAGGAGAAGAGAAAAGCAUUUGUCCCUAGAGAGUUUGAUGGAUCAGGAAUCCUCUGUGGCACCUUAGCUGGGAAAAAGAAGAAGAAGAUGAUGUAUUUAACCGCCAAGAAUGCAGAGUUUGACAGACACGAGUUGCAGAUCUAUGAGGAAGUAGCCAAAGUCCCUCCAUUCCAGAGGAAGACGCUGGUCCUGAUUGGUGCUCAGGGGGUGGGCCGUCGCAGCCUGAAGAACCGACUGAUGGUCCUCCACGCCACACGCUUUGGCACCACCAUACCAUAUACCUCACGGAGGCCCCGUGAUGAAGAGCUAAUGGGCAACACUUACCAUUUUACCUCACGGACGGAGAUGGAGGCGGACGUGAAGGCUGGCCGAUUCCUGGAACACGGCGAGUACGACGGCAACCUGUACGGCACAAAGAUCGACUCCAUCCAUGAGGUGGUUGCCGCGGGACGCACCUGCAUCCUGGAUGUUAACCCCCAGGCCCUGAAGGUACUCAGGACGGCAGAGUUCAUGCCCUAUGUGGUUUUCAUUGCAGCGCCUGAUUUUGACAUACUCAAGGCCAUGCACAAAGCUGUGGUGGAUGCAGGCCUCACAACAAAACAGCUCACUGACGUGGACCUGAGGAAGACGGUGGAUGAGAGCGCCCGUAUCCAGAGGGCUUACAACCACUACUUCGACCUGACCAUUAUCAACGACAACCUGGACAAAGCCUUUGAGACGUUACAGGCCGCCGUGGACAAACUGUGCACUGAGCCUCAGUGGGUCCCAGUGAACUGGGUGUAUUAAGGACCAGAACCUGUGCUUCCACAAACCAUUGCUAGCCGAUCUUAUGCGUUUUCUGACCAAAAAUGGCGAAUGAAGAGGACAUGAGGGAGGAGAUACUACUGAAUAAUAUUGAUAAUAUCUAAUUGCUCUUUCUCCUCCUAGACCUGCACACUGUGCAACUCCUUUUCUACUCCAAACUCAAAGGGAAAGAGUGCUUAUGUAUUUUAUAACUUUUUUUAAUGAAAAAUCUUUAUAUCCCACGUGGAAUAAAACUGCUAAUUAUUCAAACAUAUUGUCAUGUAUUUGGGCCAGCUUGUUUUCCAUUUAAUUUAUUGUUGUAGUUCUUAGUCUUGUAAAUGGUUUUAUAUUGCCAGUUCUCCUUCCAUUACAUGCAGGAUUCCUCGGGACCAAAGUCCCCAGGAUGAAAUGGACCUUUGAGCAGUUAUUGCCACAUCUGGACAACUGUAGCUGUUUCUUUCUCCACCGAAAUUCUCUUUUUUUAAGUAGGUGGACCUCAAAUCAUCAGUCCACGUCCUCCAGCUGGAUCAAGGGUACAAACUACUCCAGCAGUUAAGAAGGAAAAAACAUUUUUUGACUUCCCUUUACAAAGGUCAAACACUUCAUUUUGUCUAGUUAUGUGUCAAGAUUUUCUUUUCUAUCAGUGUGGUGAUUAAUAGCGUGUAGAAUUGAAUCAGACCUGAUCUUCAUCUUUAUUUUUUUUUUUAAUCUGAAGCGUGUCACUUUGUAAUUACCCAGUGUCUUCACAAGCCAACCUGUUCUUGUUGUAUUUUUGUAAAUGUGGCUCAUUCUGUCCUUAUGUGUCACUAAAUGUCAGCGCUCCUUACUAAACCCCCAAAAUCUGACAAACUGGUUCAAAGUCAAAUUCUACUCGCAUCCAGCGAAGCCAAACCAGGUCAACUGUAGCAUUAUACUUCCACAUCUCCAUAUUUAAAUAUUAAAACAACAAAUUAAACUUUUUUUAGGAAUUUUCCUGCACUUUAGGUAAGAGAUAAAUUACCUCAUUGUUUUACAGUAACACUUUGCAUCAGUCUUGCUGCAUGAUUGAAAGGUCCCCACAUCGACCCAUUGUGUUUGUUUUUACAGUUUUAUUAGUAAAGUUCUACUUAAUAAAACUUAUUAAAUCUUAA